AUGAAACGUAGCUACAGUUCGGAUAGUGAUCGACCGAAAAGACGUUUAAAGAGAAAAAAAUCAAAGACAAAGAAAGAAAAGAAGACUGAAUCAGCUGGACACAUGGAUGAUGAUGAAGACGAUAGAGAACGGAGACGAAGACGUUUGAAAUGUGCAGCUAAAGCUUUAUGUUGCACACCGCAGUGUUGUUUCAUUACGGCAUUAGCAAGUACUCUAGGUCUGGCUCUCAUAGGCGGUGCAGUGGCUGCCGGUUUACUAAUAAAAUCAUCGAAAACGACAACAACUCCUACAAGUAGGUUGAAACAUGUAAUGCAAUAAAACGUUGUAUCGAAUAUUGCUGUAUUUUUGAAUAAAAAUAAGAAUUCUCAGAUUUUGCGACAACAAUGUAGGUUUGAACCGUGGUCAGAGACGGCUUAGCCAUCUUACGAGGGAACCGCCUGAGGUGCUAAAAAUCUUUUUGAGUGGGACUAUUUUUAAGAUGUAGAUUCUCAUGGACUAUGAAGAAUCCCAACUUGGUUCGUGCGCAAUCAGCUUUGUUGCUGAGAUAUCGA